AUGCGUGUGUGGGUGCCGGAGGGUGGCGAAGAGGCCGGGCUGGCGGAGCUCCUGCGAUCCUUUGCAGGCGGACGCGCCCCCGAGGAAGAGGGCCGCUCGCUUCUCUUUCUGAGCGCAGCAUCGGUUCUCAUGCGCCGCGCUCUGCUCACCGGAGACGAAAACAGGGCUGCGCGAAUGGAACGCCAGCUGGCAGCCGACCUAUGCCUUCCCAUUCUCGCCAUUCGGCCACGCAAGGACUCGGGGUUGACGCCAUCCGUCGGAUCCGUCGCCGCGGCGAAGGCCAGAGAAGGAGAAGGAGAAGAAGAAGAAGAGGAAGCGAACGAGGCCGACGACGCCACCCCGCCCGCCGGCAGCUUGCCACAGGCCAUGGAACGCGCCUGUACUCUUCUUGUCGACAUGGUCGCGCGUGGUGACCCUUUGGAGGCGAGUGGUCUGGCUGAUGACGAAGGCCCCAGGCGCCUCGGCGCGUGCUUGCUCGACCUGGCACGCGACCAAGCGCGCAUUCUGGCGGCCCGCUUCCAGCGCAGUGGUACGAGCAGCGCCGACGGCGACGAUCAGGCGCGGCCGCACGAGGGCCCGUUCUUGUUGCUCCGCGAGCUGCUUCGGACAGAGCCGGCCGAUCCCCAGGUUGUGCGGUUUAGGGACGACGUGCUGGAGCCGAUGCUCGCUCUGCUGUGGACCGAUGACAACUCCGUGCGGCGCGUGGUGUUCCACGAGCUGCUGCCGGCCUUCUUCGCGCGACCACAAGACGCCUCGGCCGUCCACCUUGAGAGGCUGUGGCGUGAGGUGCACAAGAUGUGGAUGGCGGGAAGGAAUCGAGGCCCCGCCCACCAGCACCACCGCACAUUUGAGGGAGACGCGUACCUCCUGAUGGCCAAGUUCGUCGAGCACUUCCUCGCUGCCAGCUCUUCGUUCGACCUACGAACCGACGAUCAGUUCUGGCAUUUCUUACAGGUUGGGUUCUACAGCUCAGACGGCGGUGUGCGCAAGCUGGCCAACCUACUGCUGAAGCGCGUGUUGGCGCACACCCGACAAGCCGCCGACCCCGCGACGCCGCUCGACUUCAAAACCAAGUACUUCUCGUGGCCGGUCAAGAGCAACGACAAGGCGUGGGCCAAGCGGUGGGAGACCUUCUUCCUGCUCCAGGAGUCGCUCGAGGAGUACAACUACCACCUCGUGGCCCCGCUGUGGCCGCAGCUGGCCGCUCUCUUCCAGGCCUCUCGGGAGGGCACUGCGAUGGAUCUCAGCUGGGCGCAAGCAUUGCUGGAGCGCGCCUUGCGACACGAGAACCCGAUCACCCAGAAACACGCGCUGCUACACGUACUCCACAAUGCCGAGUAUGCACGGAAUGUGACUGAGUCGUUCGUGCUCGGCACCGUAAUGGAGGUGUGCUGCGACCCGUCGCUCUUCCGCGGUUCGCUCAGCCGAGUCACCGACCGACUGCUUGUCGCAUUCCUGGGCGCAUUCUUCGAUGCCCUGCCCGACCACCAGGCGCAGGUGGGGUUCGUUCGGUCGCUCCUGGGCGCGAUCGCGGGCCACAAGCCCUUCGCGAGCGGGGCGCUGGCGGCCUAUUUUGAAUUCCUGCAGACCAUUCCGCCGCUCGCGCUCUUCAUAUCGACCUCGAGCGCCCUGGACGACCUGCUCGUCAUCAUCGAAAGCCACAUCAACUUCCAGCCACAGUCACAGCGAAGAGAAUUGAAUGGGUCGGCGCUGGUGCUGUUGGCCAACAGUCUGUCGGCCACGUACAGAGAGGCAGCCGCUCUCAGUGGCGACGACCAACGGACCCAACAGUGCAUCCUACUGCUGCGUGGGGUGAAGCGGGCUCUCGCACUGCUGCCCGAGGAGCUGCUCGGUCUCGGCGCGUCGGCCGGGUGGUCGCUCAUGCAGGCCGCCUUCGCACUGGGCGCGCACGCGGGCGUGGCCCAGCUGCCCGACUUCGUGGCGGCCGACCUGCAGCGGCUGUGGGCCGACGAGUACAUCCCGCUGCAGACCGAGCACGAGACCGAUCGCGUCGCGCGCAUGCUCGCGCUCGUACCCAACUCCGACGCGCAGGACCGUAUUAUUGCUGACAUUCUCAACCAGAUCAGGCGCGAGAGUCGCAGUGCCUGGACCCUCGUCGUGUCUGUCCUCUCGCUCGCCGCUCAUCACGGGACGGUACCGGAUCGUGUGGUCGAUGCUCUGCGCUCGGGGCUGCGCUCGGCGCUGGCCGGGGCCGAGCCCGACCUCCUGCGCGCGUCGCUCAAGGCCAGCGCGGCGGCCAUGCUCCUGUCGCUGUCGACACCACCACCACGUCCCGACGACGAGCACUCGACGCCGCUGCGUGCGACCCUCAAUGCGCUGCUGCGGUCCCUCGUCGAGCUUCUGCUGGCCCAGUCUCCGGACCAAUCGCUCUCCGUGCCACGUCAGCAGGUCGGCGGCCCCGAUGUGGCGCUGCAGAUGCUCAAAGGCGUCUACCACGCCGCGCCGCUCCUCGCGAAUUGCUCGAAUCCUUCGGCGGAAGCGGCUGGCGACCAGCCCGCCGGACUUAAGGUGGCGGACCUCGUCCUGGGGCUGGCCAGGAGCAGCCCUGCUUCUUCCUCCUCCAGCGGGAGGGACCGGCACGCACAGCUCUCUCGGUACAUGCUCCUUAAGUGGGAGACCAUCGCGCGGCUGCUCCGUGCGGAUGUCGACUCUCUUCCGUCAGCCACGGCCGCACUCGUCGGGCGGGACGUCGCGCUGCAGAUAUUGGGCGAGGGCGCCGAGGCCCUGCAGGCGGCCGAGUCCCGCUGCAUCCGCGUCGACGACGACGCCGAUCUCGAACUCGUUGCGACUGUGCUGGAGCAGGCGUGGAGGGCGCUGAAAGAGAGCCGCGACUUUGGGACGGCGGCCGCCUUCGUGGGGCUGGCCUUCCAGCCGGCCCUCGUGUGUACGCCCGCCCUCUCCCGCGAGCCCGACGCGCCCCUACGCCAGUACUGCCGGGGCGUGCGACACGUCGGCAAGCUGUUCCGGGGUCCCGCUGGCCUGCUCGCCCGCCAGCUCAGACGCGUGUGGGAACAACAUCCCCAGGCGGCGGUGAACUUCAUUCCCGAGAUUGUGCGGCUGUGCGUCUUCGGCCACGUGCGGAAGGGUGAGAACGAGAUGUCGGGUUGUACGCUGGACCCGCGCUCGCUGUGCAUGCAGGACGCGUACGUGCGCGGCCAGGUCUGGGCUUUUCUGCUGUGGAACGGCGAAUGCGACGAAUCGGCGCCGGAGCAAUGUCAGCGCCACCACCAGGCCCUGGUCGAACAAAUCCUGGAGGCCCUGUUGCAGUGCAACGCAAGCCCUUCCAACUCGUCCGAGUGUCGCCUCCACUCCCACCAGCACCGCAAGCGGGCGAUCGGGCUGAUCGUGGGGCGGUACAUGGGGCGCAGCGAGCGGGUGGCCGAGCUGGUCCGUACGCACGUGCUGGCGGCCCUCGAGACGCCCAACUUCCGCAACGUGCGCAUCGUCAUCGAACUGUGCGGCGCCAACUUCCUCCUCCACCGACCCGACGCCCUCCUCGACCACUUCCUCACGUAA